AUGGCGACGGCAUCCGUCACAGAUGAGGGCGUUCAGCCUUCGAUGGGUGUCCGCCUCGAGACGGAUUUUGAUGCUUUCUUCGAGAGGGAAGAUGCAGCAGCGCAGCUGCAACACUGGCGCGAGGAGAUUGCAUCGACUGUUCUCGGACUGCCUGCGUCCGAAAUUCAACUGGGACGCAUCAGGCGAGGUUCGCUGGACCUCGAGUUUGUUGUUGAGGGCAUCAGUGCGCAAGAGCUCCAGCAGCGGCUGGACCGUGAGGCAGAUCGACUGCGGGCUUUGUUUCAGGAGCCUGUCCUGGAGGUCCGCGUAGAUGGUUCUUCCGGAGUCGAGCCAGGAGGAGACUCACGUCCUCAUGCCGGGCAGCCUCGGCCUGGGCCGCAAGGCCACGGCGGCCACGGCGGCCACGGCGGCCACGGGUUGGUCCCACCGCUGCGGUCGAGCCCGGGCGCAGGCGGCGAGGGACCUGGAGGUCCAGUGCUUCGUCGGCCCCCCGCAUCGUCACCACGGGAACAGCUGGAGGCGCGGAUCCGCGCUGCAGAAGCUGAAUAUGGCUUCGAUCUUUCCGUGCAAGAACGGCUGGCGCUGGACGCAGGACCUGUGCGCUUGGCGGAGAGGCUUCCUGACACUUCUCCUCCCAAGCUGCACAAUGUCCGUGACCGGGACCUGGACCGUCUCAACCAUCCAACUAAUGCUGAAGGGCCGCGGUUCUUGAUGAGGGACUCUUACUGGGACCAGCGUCAAGGCGAGCGAAUUCGCGAGCAACCCGAAGCAAUGUUUCGGCGCGGACUCUUGAAAGAAGAGUUUCAGGUGUUGCCUUUUCGUGCCAAACCUGUUCCAGUGGGGGUGCUGACCCCACGGAUGCAGGGACGGAGUCGCUCCGCCGAGGGCCCCCGAGGUGUGGCGGUCUUGCGAGAUCGAGAGGAGCCUCCUUUUCGGGCGAGGCCCGUGCCCUGGCGCGUCUCAACACCCAUGUAUGAGCAGCUCUUGCUGGAAGAGAGGGAGGCAAGGCACACGCGAUGCCGAUCGCGCAGCCUGGAGCUUCUGCGCUCCGCUUCCUUACCGCCGCGAAUGGAGGCUCUCCGCCGGCUGGAGCAGGAGCGAGGACAGGGAAGUCGCUCGCCUGGCCGCGAGGGGCCUUGGCAUGGGGAACCCUACAGCGCCCGUCGCUGGCUGGCUUCCGAGGCCCAACAGGCUUCCCGAGACAGCGCUGGCAGAAAACUCGGCUUGGGUCCCGAGUAUGGUUACACCGCCCCAGCAGUGGCAGCAAGAGGCGAUGUCGGAACAGCCGCUUCCAGGGGGAGCCCGCUGCCGCGGUCCGGAGCCGCCCGACAGCGCAGUGCUUCGGCGCCGCGCCGGCCCGAACCACGCAUUACGACGGCAGUGACAGAGGUGCCAGACUUUGCCGCUCGCCACGAACACAUGCAGCAGCAGCUGGAGAGGCGAAAGUAUUUGAAUCGCUACGUGACCCAGCCGGAACCCUUCGUCUUCUUCACGCCUUCACGAAGCGAGACUCGCCAGCCGCCGAUGCCGAAGGAUCCAGGAGAGGAUUGGCGAUACCAUCGGAGAGCAGCUGGCCGGUCGCAGUCCCAAGGCGCAACAGAAGCCAGGGGUCGGCAAGCAGUUCGAGCGACUGGCGCUGACAUCAAGCAGCGAAGCACGCAGAAGGUCUUGAGCAGUCAGCUAGCGACGAUGAGGAGGCUGCAGGAGAAACGCGAGAAAGAGCAACGUGAAAGGGAAGAGCUGGAGCAGGCGCAGGCAGUGGACGAGGAAAUGAAGGAAAGAGUCAAGCAGGCAGUUGGCCCAAUCGAACCGAUGGCAAAGAAGAUCGAGCGCAUGGUGGAUGACAAGCGGCGCGGGCUGCAAAGGGUCCAGAACCAGAAGAGAAAGGACAUCGACAUGAUGCUCCAGCGUGCCAACAACAGACCAUUGCUGAUGCAGCAGGCCGACACUGUCGAAAGGGCUCGACGCAGAGCCCUGUUUCGCGUUCGCAAUGCUCUGAGACAAGCGGGUGUGCGCGAUGUGAACCGCCAUUUCGGGGAGGAGGAGUUGGACGAGUUGGAUCGAGGAGAUGCUGCCGUUGGCAUCAAGGAAGACGAGGAGUACGCUGAUGACUUCUCGUAG